AUGUCUGAAAUUCGGUUCUGCAAAGAAUGCCGUAACGUUUUGCAACCAGAAGAAGACAAACAAGCGAAAAUGCUUAUGCUUGUGUGCCGCACCUGCGAAUCUGUCCAAGGCGUGGACCCUGAGGACGAGCAGGCCCACUUCGUCGAAACCAUCACCGUCAACCUUCACUCAGCGGAAGAUGUCAAGAAAUAUGUUUACCCGGGCCUGGUCCGAGACCCCACGCUGCCCCGAGCUGACGACUGGAUAUGCCCGUAUUGCACCAAGAAGGGCGCAGUAUAUUUCCAGCUACCCGAACGCGUGGCAUGGGAAGCAAUGACACUCGUAUACGUCUGUAAGCAUUGCGAAAAAUACAAGGUAGAGGGCGUGGCCCACUUCGAGUACUGA